GUCCGCGCUCGGCCCGGUCGCUCCCUCCGCGUUGGGGCCCGCCCGCGGGGCCGGCCGCCUGUCAGAGGGAGGUGGCGAUGGUGCGCCCGGUGGCGGUGGAGGCUGCGGCGGCUUCCCUGGUCCGAGCGCAGGGAGGAGAAGAUGACUGACCGACCGGCUGAAUGACUGAAUGAAUGAAUGGCGGAGCCGAGCGCGCCAUGAGGAGCCUGCCGAGCCUGGGCGCCGUCGCCCUGUUGUGCUGCGCCGCCGCCGCCGCCGCCGCCGCUUCAACAACCUCGGCGGGGAAUGUCACCGGUGGCGGCGGGGCCGCGGGGCAGGUGGACGCGUCGCCGGGCCCGGGGCUAGGGGGUGAGCCCAGCCGCCCUUUCUCUAAGGCGACGCCUCUCACGGCCCAGGCCCCGCGGACCGGAGCGCCGCGCACUACGGUCCACCAGCCCCUGGCUGCGUCCUCCUCAGCCCAGUCCCCGGAGACCACCCCUCCUCGGGCGACGGCCGGACCCGCUGCGACCACCUUCCAGGCGCCGCUCAGUCCCUCGCCGACCGCCGCCCCGGCGGUGGACAGUACGCCGACCACCCCUCGCGCGACAACCGGACCCGCGCCGACCACCCUCUGGACGAGCACUGGCCCGGCGCCGACCACCCCUGUGGCGACCACCAUUCCGGCCCCCACCACCCCGCUGACCCCGACCCCCGCGCUCCCGGGCAGCAGCAGCGUCCCGCCCACCCCACCUGCCACGGAGCCCUCCUCUCCCCCUCCCCCAGAAUAUGUAUGUAACUGCUCUGUGGUGGGAAGUCUGGAUGUGAAUCGGUGCAACCAGACCACCGGGCAGUGUGAGUGUCAGCCUCGCUAUCAAGGGAUUCGCUGUGACACCUGCAGGGAGGGCUUUUACCUGAAUCACACAUCUGGGCUCUGUGUGCCCUGUGGCUGUAACCCACACGGAGCCCUCAGCACAGUCUGCAGCAGUUCCGGGGAGUGCCAGUGCAAAGUGGGCGUCACCGGCUCUACGUGUGACCGAUGCCAAGAUGGAUAUUACGACUUUAGUCGGAGUGGCUGCUUACCCUGCCGGUGUAAUAAUCGGUCUGCCAGUUGUGAUGCCCUCACAGGUACUUGUCUAAACUGCCAGGAAAAUAGCAAAGGGGAUCACUGUGAAGAAUGCAGAGAAGGAUUUUAUCAGAGUCCCGAGGACACAAGAGAAUGCCUUCGCUGCCCAUGUUCAGCAGUGACAUCUACAGGCAGCUGUAUCAUAAAACUGGAUGAAUGGGAGCCGACGUGUGUCCAGUGUAAAGAGGGUUACACAGGCCGGAACUGCAACACGUGUGAAAGCGGCUAUUACAAUUCCGACAGCAUCUGUACCCAGUGCCAGUGUCAUGGCCACGUGAACCCAAUCAAAACUCCAAAGAUUUGCAAGCCCGAGAGUGGUGAAUGCAUCAACUGCCUGCAUAACACCACUGGGUUUUGGUGUGAGAACUGCCUGGAAGGCUAUGCCCGAGACCGCGAGGGAAAUUGCAUCCAGAAAGAAGUUAUUGUUCCAACACCUGAAGGUUCUACCAUUUUGGUUUCCAAUGCCUCUUUGACCACAUCAGUGCCCACCCCUGUUAUAAAUAGUACAUUUACCCCCACAACCCUGCAGACUAUCUUUUCUGUAAGCUCUGCUGAAAACAGCACGUCAGCUUUAGCUGAUGUUUCAUGGACCCAGUUUAACAUCAUCAUUUUGACAGUCAUCAUCAUUGUGGUGGUGCUGCUGAUGGGAUUUGUGGGGGCCGUCUAUAUGUACCGGGAGUACCAAAACCGGAAGCUCAACGCCCCCUUCUGGACCAUCGAGCUGAAGGAAGACAAUAUCAGUUUCAGCAGCUACCACGACAGCAUUCCCAACGCGGAUGUGUCAGGAUUGUUGGAAGAUGACGCCAAUGAAGUGGCUCCCAAUGGGCAACUGACCCUGACGACCCCAAUCCACAACUAUAAGGCCUGAAGGGCGGGAGCUGUCGUCCCGGGGCCUAGGCCACAGUGCUUGCCGAGGCAGUGUCGGCUCCGGGCCAGACGAGGCCUGGGCAGAGUUUGCUGAGAACACAGGGGCGCAUAAUGCAUCUGAGAGUCAGGUACCAACGUGUAAUGCACUGAGCCUCUUACUCUUAGCUCCCCUGUGACGAUCUGAAGCAGUCACUGUCGAUAAAGACUUGUAGUAAAGUAUAUUUUUAUACCCAACGACAGGGGAGUAUAGAAAGGCUGAACCCCACAGUGCAGCCCACAUCUACUUUGACCUCCAAAGUGACUCCUGGGGAAGUGCUCACCAAACCAGCAGAGACACGAUGAUGGAAGUGGAGGAGAAGGACUCCAGGAAGACCUCAUCUCCAUUCCUGAAAUACCUUCUUUAAAAGGAGGGUCAGGGAUGAUAUUCUUUUUACUGUGCUAAAAGACAUCACCGCAGAAAAGCGUAAUGUCUGGGCUGUCUCACAAUAAACAAUCUUGAUUGUUUCCAGAAUAGGGGCUGAAAAGUUUCAAGAGGAUCUUUGGAAAGGCUUGAUUUUUCCUUCCUGUAUUCUUGCUUAAUAGUAGGAUCCAAGCACGGAAUAAGCUUCUAAUGGUAGAAACAGGAAGGUGACAUCUGGGAGCAGGAAGCUGAUGGUCCUCCUUAGGGUCUCAGUGUAAAUGAUGACUUGUCUAUAAAUAAGGACUGCUCCUGCCUGGAGAGAAGUAAGGUGUAUAUAGUGCGUGUAGCAUAUCUGGUCAACAUUGUUAUUUGUAUCUAUUUGUAAAAAAAAAAAAAAAAAUCAUGUCAUAUUUUAUCAUCUAGAAACUAUUUGUACAGCAGUUAACGGCAUUGUAAAAAGAAGACGUGGGGAUUGGUUAAAAUAGUGUAACAUAGGUGGCAAUAUUGCUGGAGCUGGGACUCUGGUGAACGUAAGUCAUUUUUAGUCCCUCUUUGGACACUGUUGAAAUUUAUAAGAGGUUGAAUGUUUCCAAACUUUCUUUCCCUUUCUCAGUCUCAAAGUAGAGUUCUAUGUUCUUUGACUUACUAGACAUUCAAGCAAUAGAUUUUUAAGUCCGUGAUUCUUAAGCUGGGACACAGGCUUUACCCUCUAAAGUACUCACCUGAUUAGACAUUAGCCAGUCUCUAUAUUUUACAAUCAAUGAUUGUUGGUCAAUGUAGAACAUAUUCUCAUGAGAAGCGUGUUUUUAAAUGUAAAAGACAGUCUUCCAAAGGAAUUAGAAAUAUUUUAGUUCCAAAAAAAAAGCCAUCAUAUCACUUGGGAGCCCCUGUGUUCCAUGCCUGUGAAAUAUUUAUUAUAUUCCUCCUCCCCGCUCAAAAAAAUACCUUCCACGUUUGAACAUAGCUUAUCACCCAUAUGCCGUGAGGGACCGGCCAUCUUCCCGCAGGGCUCUUGUUCUGCUGUUCAGCGGCUCUGUAGUUGGGUGGGUGCAGUCAGUCCUGGCUUUUAGACACAGUUUUUCCCUUGAGGCCACCUACUGUUGCUCUCGUCUGUUAUGAUAUUGACAGGUUGUGGGUUAAGCAAGCCAGGAAAAGCAGCCAGAAGUCAAAUAUAGACAUUUAUUAGGAGGAACAGCAAACUGUCAAGUGAUGAGAAAAGAAGCAAAGAUUUGUUAGAUUAGACCCAGAAAAUCCACAUUGACAACCUUGCCUGCCUUCCCCAGAGAAAAGCCUGGAAUUUGUUCAUCCCUCUGUGGGAGACCCCUAAGCUUUCUCAGGUUUUUGAGAUGAUGUUCUGGACGAUGGACAAAGAGAUAAUCCAUUUCUGUAACCUGAGGUGCUCUGAAGAUGUGGCCAUUGCCCAUGAGAGGAGGGCAUACAUUACAUUACAUUACAUUACAUUUAAAAAUCAGUGGAUAUUUCUAUAGCCCCUUGCAGUUCACAAAGCACAUUUCCACACGUGUGUCCCCUGUUCCUCAUCAUAGCCCCCCCGAGGAAGUAAUUAUUUUCCCCAUUUUAUAGAUGAGGUUAAAUGUCUCGUCCAAGGCUACACAAUAUGUCAUGAGUAGGCUUGGAAUCAGGCCUCCUAACUGUGAAGCACAUAUUCUUCCAACUCUAGGCCGAUGUAGAAACUGCUAGCCACGGACAGAGAGGCUGGGCGGCGUCCCGUCUGUGAGUGUUCCUAACGUCGUAAGUACAAGGGACAGUCCAGGGCCCUACAGCUGGGAAGGGUUUUGUGGGAAGGACACUGGAGGAUCACAGUCUGAAGCCAGUAUUGGUGACAAGAAAACAAAACUCUCGGAUUUCGUGCUUCCUUAAAGAGAACUAAUCCUCACACGCAGAGGGGGCCGUGUUCUCCCCAGCAGCUUCCACAGGCGCGGGUACAGACUGAGCACUGCUCAGCUCCAAGGAAGGGGGCACUCUCCCAGAUUGCCACCCUCAAGGUGAGGGGUUGAGCGUGGUGAGAAGUAAGCAUUGGUUACACAGAAGUAACGGUGAGAGUUGGUCGGGGUCUAGGAGUCAAAGCGAAAUAGUCCAGAUUCUGGCCAUAAAGAGAUUGCUUGGAGGAGACCUUAAAAGGCACUGCAGACAUGGAGUCACAAGGGACGUCAGCCUCUGAGUAAUCAGUAACAGCCCCUAGGUCAGGUUCUUCAUUUUUCCAGUGCAAAAAAAAAAAAAAAGUGAGGUCUUAAAACUUGUUUGAAAUGAUAUUCUUUAGGGUUCCCUGCUUUUUGCUGGUGGAAAUAAUUUUGUUUAAGAAUAUAAAUCAAUCAUGAAGUGAUCUACCAGCAAAAUCAGACUAGGAAACUACUAUGGAAUGCAUUGCACAAUAUUCGUUUCUCUGGAAGCGUGAUCUCCCCGAGCUAUGGCAGUUCGCGCCAGGAUCCUGUCAGCCUUCCAGAAAGAUAGUAUCAGAAGAUCUUUUGAAUAAAGGUUAGAAAUGUGUUUAUUUUUGAUUGAGACUAGUGUGGACCUUACUGAUAAACAUACUGCUAGUAAGUGAUCAUUUUAUCUUCAUUCGUUCAUUUUCAUAAGCCCUGAUGUAUUUCUGACAGAAGCGCUAGGUAGUGUUAUUAAAAACGUCUGCCCUCCCUCAUUUCCCCCUCCCUCCCUGCACUGGCUAGCUCCCAGGCGUCUCUUAUUAAUGGAAUUUCUCCAGUCAUAGAGAAAAAUGGUGAUAAAAACUAACACUCAUUUAUACUAAGGUCCUAUGGAUUUAAUGUGUUACCACUCUUAGGGACAACCUGCAUUUUAAGAGGGAACAGAGCAGACGUGACUGUGAGGAGAUUUGGGGGGAGAGGAUUUGUAGAAGUGUCAAAUUAUAUGGGUACUCUCUAGCCCUAACGUUCCCCAGAAAACGGAUCAUUAAAGCAAUACUCACUACCCCACUAGUUCAUUUUGGUCAGAGAAUGCCUUCCAGACAUUUAGCCCUUCUCGUGCUGUUUGGAGGCAGAGAGCUAAAGCAAUAGAAUGUCCUCCUAAGAGCCUCAGUAGGGACAAGGUUAUUAGAUCAUUCACCAUGCUCCUAUAUGUUUUGUAGGACAUGCGGUAGACAUAACACCACUUGUAACGAACAUUCCCUGUUCUUAUGCUUUGAAGUAUGUGGGUGGGAGUUGAAUCUAUGCAUCUCAAGGAAAGAAACCUCUCCGAUAAAAAGUUCAGAGAAGUAGAAAGCAACCCAGUGUAACCUGUUAGAGCAAGGAACGCAUUUCUGGCCUCAUCCACGAAGAGCUUUGGUCCAUUAUGAUCUUGACGGCAUGGGGUUUGGGAACUAACACGAGUUUGGUGUGUGCAGGGGAGUGAUGGAAGGUUAGCACAAUUCUCCUCGUUAACCCUGAGCCCGUGACCGUGCCGAGGGAGAAAGCAGGAAGAACACACCGAUUCAUCCGAGGACAUGAGAUCACGUUAAGUGGACUGGAGGUUAUGGAUCAUUAAAAUGGUAGUGGUCGAAUGAUGCUUUCUCAGAGGUGGUUGGGAACCUCUGUUACUUGUUACUGAUGCGCAGGCAAGAACUGUGACAGCGGCCAGCACGUGAGCUCAGGGCCUCCGAGCCAGCUUAGCCCAAAGCCCCGUGGUUCACAGCCGGGGUUAGUGCUGGGCACCCGCCCUCUGCCGUAGGUUACAUCUUAGCCUGGGUGACUCGGGGAUGUUCCUGAAACAUUAAACUCCUACGUAUGUUACUAAAAUUCUAAUACAAAUUCUAAAAACGUGUCUCCUGCAGAUGCUGUACUAGGCUUCAUGAUGCAUUUCUAAAUUUGUGUAUGAUUUGAAUAUAUGAAAGAAUUUAUACAAGAGUGUUAUUUAAAAUUAUUAAAAAAUAAAUGUAUAUAAUUUGUACCUAU